GUCUGAAGUCCGCGUGGACCCGCAGAGCGAGCGAGCGAGCGAGAGAGACCUUAACCACAGCCACCUCCAGCACUGCCCGCCGCUGCUGCUGCUGCUGCUGCUUCUGGAGCUGUGGUGCAGUCGUGAGUCGCGCCGUGUCCGUCUGGACGCGACCCCGAGCGAGCCGCCACUCGUCACGCGCCCCGGCGCCAUGGGGAGGAGACGCGCGGUGUAACGCCGAGGCGAGUAGGAGGAGGAGGAGUAGGAGGGGACGAUGGGGACCAGUGUGGAGAAGGAGCUGUCCACCUUGCAGUGGUACCACGGCACCAUGUCCCGCCACGUGGCCGAGGCGAUGCUGAUGCAGAACGGGCAGGACGGGAGCUACCUGUUCAGGCGGGGGCUGGACGGGCAGUUCGUGUUGGGGGCCAGGUCCAAGGACUCGGUGAGGAAUUUCCAGGUGAGCUGGAGCGAGACUCGGGGCUUCUCCUUCGGCUUCACCAUCUUCCCCACGGUCAAGGAGUUCGCCGAUCACCUCGCCAACGAGCCCAUCCUGGGGAGCGAGACUGGAGGCCUGAUCAGCCUCCGGUUCCCGUUCCCGCGGGAGGUGGCGGAGCCCUCCUUCUACGACCCCAUCAUCGUGCACACGGCGAUGCGCUCGGGGCGCACCAUCGAUGACGUCCCCACGUACGCCUCCUCCGUGGGGACGAAGGAGGGAUUCCUCACCAAACAGGGCAACCGCGUCAAGACAUGGAAGCGCCGCUGGUUCACGCUGCAGAGGAACGAGCUCAAGUACUUCAAGGACAGGAAGGACAAGGAGCCAAUCAAAGCCCUGGACCUGAGCCGGUGCACGGCGGUGCAGUUCGACUACAGCCGCGAGAAGGUGAACUGCUUCUGCCUCGUGUUCCCGGAGAGGACGUUCUUCCUGUGCGCCAAGAACGCGCUGGAGGCUGACGAGUGGAUCAAGCUCCUGCGCUGGAAGAUGAAUCAAGAACAGAAACAAAGGUUGCUGCGGAAAACCAAAACCGUGUAGGUGCACAUUCUACACAUUCACCUUGUAGGUGAACAUCUAGGAAGGUGAACAUCUGAGCUGCUGAUCAUCUUUGUAGGUGAACAUCUAAGCCGGUGAGCAUCCUUGUAGGCGAACAUCUGUGAAGGUGAACAUCUUUGUAGGUGAACAUCUUUGUAGGUGAACAUCUGAGCUGGUGAACAUCUUUGUAGGCGAACAUCUAAGCCGGUGAGCAUCCUUGUAGGCGAACAUCUGUGAAGGUGAACAUCUGAGCUGGUGAACAUCUUUGGAGGUGAACACCCGGGUAAGGGAUCACCUGGACAGAAGACCCGAGGUGUUGAACACCAGGGCAGAUGAACGCCUGGACAGAUGAACACUUCCCCGCCACGCCUUCGGGGAGACCAUUCGCCACGGGGAGGGGGCGAAGGGGAUUGGGGAACCCCCUGAGGGGUCUACUUGGAGUGGCGCCGACCUCGGGGGACUCGGUCAGCCAAGAGAGCCGCGACCCCGCGGACUCGACUGCUCUGGACCUGGCCACGCACCCUCGACCCCACGGGUUGGACUCCCUGUCGGGGCCUAGCCUGUUCUCGCGUUGAUAGUUUUGUUGUUUCUGUUAAGUGUGUGUUUGUGUGUGUGUUUGCGUGUGUUAAUGUGUGUGUUUGUGUGUGUGUUAGUGUUUGUUUGCGUGUGUGUUAGUGUGUGUUAGUGUGUGUGUGUUUGUGUGUGUUAGUGUGUGUACGUUAGUGUGUGUGUGUUAGUGUGUGUGUGUUUGUGUGUUUGUGUGUGUGUGUUUGUGUGUUUCCACUCGCGGUUGGGUCCGCUGGCGAGCAGCACCACGCACUCACUCUGUACACCACGCACUCACUCUGUGCACCACUCACUCACUCUGUACACCACUCACUCUGUGCCACUCACUCUGUGCACCACUCACUCUGUACACCACUCACUCUGUGCACCACUCACUCUGUACACCACUCACUCACUCUGUGCACCACCCACUCUGUACGCCACUCACUCACUCUGUACACCACUCACUCUGUGCACCACUCACUCUGUACACCACUCACUCACUCUGUGCACCACCCACUCU